UAUUUUGGCAGCAGCAUGCUGGCAGCUGGAUUCUUCUACAGAAAUUGGCUGAUGGUGUCACAAAUGAAUCAUAAAGUGACUGGAAUUGCUAUUGAAACAGAUAAUAAAAAUGUAAAAGCAGAGGAGUUUAAAGAAGCUAUUCUUAGUUGCAAGCACAAAUUUUCAAAAGGGAUGAGUCUAAGGAUAGAGUGGAAGAAAAUUCAGUCCCAAGAAGUUUCAUUUGUUUACUACAAUGGUGAAUUUACAGGUGAUCUUAGAGACCGAGCUGAGAUGUUGAAUACAGGAAUCCGUAUUAGAAAUGUGACUAGAAAGGAUUCUGGGACCUACCGCUGCGAAAUCAGUGCGAAGAGUGAAGAGGGGCAACGCCUGGGAGAGGCUUCUAUUACUCUUACAGUAUUGGUUCCUCCCACUACUCCAAUAUGUGUGGUACCCAACUCUGCAAUGACGGGAACAGUAGUGGAGCUGAGCUGUAAGGAAGCUGAGGGAUCUCCUCCAUCUGAGUACCAGUGGUACAAGAAUGGCAUUGCCUUACUGGAAAAGACAGGAACAGGCAGUGCUAGAACAGCCAACAUAACUUACACCAUGAAUAAAAAGUCUGGCACUCUGAUAUUUAACACUGUUUCAAAGAACGACACAGGAGAGUAUUUCUGUGUAGCCUCAAAUGGGAUUGGAUUACCUCAGAAAUGCUCCAUGAAGCGAAUGCAAGUUGAUGACCUUAAUGUAAGCGGUAUCAUCGCUGCUGUAGUAAUUGUGGCUCUGGUAAUGGCACUGUGUGGCCUUGGAGUACUUUAUGCUCAAAAAAAGGGUAUUUUACAAGUAAAGGAGAGCUCUUCCCAGAAGUCCAACUCUCAAUCUACAAGUGAAAAGGAUUUCAAGCACACCAAAUCCUUCGUUAUCUAGAAGAUUUCAGCCUCUGUGAGGGACAUCAAACAACUACUUGUUAUACAAAAAUAUCAAAGGGAUUUUUUGACCUCUAUUCUGUAAAUACUGUUUCCAUGUACUAUGCACUGAAAAUAGAAAUUGCUACUGUUUAGAUCUAGUCAGCUUAAUUGUGUAUGAUUGUUGGGGUUUUUGUUUGUUUGUUUGUUUUUUAACCAACCACAAAACUGCUUAACUUAAAGAUGCAACUAAAUGGCAUACACAGGUCAAUUUGUGUGACUUCUCAUUUUGUUGAUGUAUACAUGUAGCAAUACAGGAUUCACUUUUGCAGCUUGGAACAGUCUAUCCAAGUAACUUUCGUAGAUGACCUCCACCAUCAUCAAGGGCUCAAACUCUCCUGUAACACUGACUUCAUUCUUACUCAUCUGUCCACAUUAUAUUAGGUUUGACAGAGCCAUCUAGAAGUGCAGAAGUAGUUGCCCAAACUUACUAUCCAGCAAGGACAAAGCUGCUUGUAAUUGAGUCCCAAACAUUGUUUUAUUGUCUAAUAUAAAAAGCCUACAGCAUCUCUUUUACAAGGAAAUACCUCUUUCUGUAGAUCGCAUAUGUUACUUGCCAGUACAACUACAGUUGUAAUAGCUGGACCCUAAAUGGUAAAGUAUUACAAAUAAAUAGUUCCUCAGAGCCUUAAGUGUUUGUGUCAGUAGUUCUGUUACUGAAGUUUAUGCCCUACAACAUCAGUAACAAGUUUCAGUUGUUCCUGUAAGAGCAUCAUUUAUGUGUUCACUGAUGUAAAAUAAAGUAUUUGUGCCUAUGCAGA